AUGCAAACAAGAUUAACAUUUACAAUAGGUCAAAUGAACAAGGAAAUAGGGAAUAGGCACAUAAUACCUGCAUUUUAAGUUGAGGAAGAAUCAAUCAAAGAGGAAACUCGUCUUCCUUCAUAGGGUGAAUCUCCACUUAAGAAACCUGCUACUAAUUUGGCAAAGUAAGCACAAAUUUUGGCCCCUGUCUAUCAAACAAUAAGCGAGCGUUUUUAAAUUUGCAAAUUUUUGGGGAAAGGCAAGUUCAGCGAUGUAUAUCAGGCUCAAGAUAAAUAAACAAAAGUAAUUGUUGCUUUGAAAGUUAUUCCAAAAACAACCUUAUAGAAAUAUGGCAUGGAAAAGCAAUUAUCAAAUGAAAUUAAAUUAUAAGGGUACAUGGACCAUCCUAAUAUCCUCAAAUUGUAUGGAUACUUCUAAGAAUGGUCUAAAGUAGUCUUAAUAUUGGAAUACGCAACUGAUGGGGAAUUAUUUAAGUUAUUAAAGAAACAACCGAAAAAAAAGUUCUCAGAACAGGUAGUUUCAGGCUACAUUAGAUAAAUUAUUGAAGGCAUUGGAUACAUGCAUAGCAAAAAUAUCAUUCAUCGAGAUAUCAAACCAGAAAAUAUCCUUAUUACACAUUCUUUAUUAAAAAUUGCUGAUAUGGGUUUAUCUACAUAUAACCCCACUAAUUAAGUAAGGCAAUCCUUUUGUGGCACUGUAGAUUAUAUGUCCCCUGAAAUAGCAGCAGGAAGAGAUUAUGAUCAUACUGUUGAUAUUUGGGCUAUCGGUAUUUUGGCCUAUGAGCUUUGCACUGGAGAGACUCCAUUUUAUGAGAAGAAAAAAGAAGAUACUAUGAAUAAAAUAAUCUAUAGUAGCUUUGAAUUUCCCAAUUAUUUGAGCGAAGAUUUUAAGGCUUUUGUUAAAAUCCUGGUUCAAAAGGAUCCAAAAAAGAGACCUUCUAUUUAUCAAAUUAUGUAGCAUCAAUGGAUUUAGAAGUACGAAAAAGAGAGUACAAUAUUUAAUAGAGAAUUGCUUAAUUCGAUGGUUAAAUUGUUAAAAUGA